AUAAUCAAACCCCGAGUCGGAAGUACGGAAACACUUAAAAGCUUCAAUGGCUACCGAAAACAAAGCCAAAGGCAAGAAGAGGAAGCAGUAUCUUCCCUAUAAUAAAGCAGUUAAAAAGAAAGGGGCAUACCCAUUAAGGCCUGGUAUUCAAGGUCUCUUUAUCACUUGUGACGGUGGAAGAGAACGACAGGCUGCUCAUGAAGCUAUCAAUGUUAUUGAUUCUUUUUUCGAAGAGCUAGUCAAUGGAAAGGAUUUUGAAGAGGAACCUGCAGUGCUACCAAAUAAGCCUCUAAAUAAAAAGAUUACUUUCUCAUAUAGUGAUGAAGAGGAGGGUGAUGGCGAUGAAAGAGAGGAGGAAGGGCAAGAGGAAGUUAUUAAAUCAGAAUCAGAUGCUAGUAGAGAAAAUGAAGCUAGUCAAGAAUGUGUAACCAAUAAAGAUCUGGAUCAUCCGAAUUCAGAUGAUGUGUGCCAUGGAAAGAUAGCAGAAGAGACCAAUAAUGCUCAGAUGGAUGGGGCAAAUAUUGAAAAUCAACUAGGUAAAUCGGAGGAGCCACCAGCAAAGAAACAAUGCCUUGAAACAGAUAAAUCAAAGAGUGCAACCAGUGGAGAAGAUAAAUCUAUUGAUAAGCUUAUUGAAGAUGAACUCAAUGAGCUUGGAGAUAAGAGUAAGAGGCUGUUCUUCAACCUUGAUUCAGGCUGUAAUGGUGUUGUCUUUGUCCAAAUGCGGAAGAGAGAUGGAAUUCCUGGUCCCAAAGAUAUCGCACAGUGUAUGAUGACGUCUGCUGCAUCAACAAGGAAGCACAUGUCGAGGUUCAUUUUAAGAGUCUUACCUAUUGAAGUAGCAUGCUAUUCUUCAGAAGAGGAAAUUACAAGAGCAAUGAAGCCUCUCAUCGAGCAGUAUUUUCCAGUGGAGACACAGAAUCAUAGGAAGUUUGCUGUUCUAUACGAGGCGCGUGCAAAUUCUGUUAUUGACAGGAUGAAAAUCAUAAAUUCGGUUGUGAAGUCUGUACCUGCGCCACACAAAGUUGAUCUUAGCAAUCCUGACACGACUAUUGUAGUUGAAAUUGUGAAGACAAUCUGCUUGAUUGGGGUUGUGGAGAAGUACAAGGAGCUGGCAAAAUAUAACCUGAGGCAACUUACAUCACCAAAGCAAUAGAGAAUAGGGAUGCCGGUUCCAUUGAUGGAGCUUCAAGCAGCACUUAGAAACACUUGUUAGCUAGCUUUUCUGCAUUGUCAAAAUUUGGAAGGAAAAUUCAUACAAGGAAUCUAGGUGUCUUUUAUUUU